GUGUGUACGGAGACUGUAGGAAGAGGAGGUCAAAUGCAUUUGCUAGAGUUUGAAAAACGUGUGGCUGUGCAGGAACGAGACAACGUUCACAGGUAGACAGAUUAUAGUAACAUUAGACGAUACAUUUUACAGUGCCGUCAUUAGAGUUUCGAUUCAGAAAUAAGUGCGGCGGUGUUGGGUGUGGUUGUGUGUCGUAGGCCGCUAGCUAGUAAGCAAUUGACAGCUAACGUUAGCUAGCUAAUGCUAACGGUAACAUUACAUGACGCGUGCUCGUAAACAGCUCGCUAACUAACGUUACAACCGGAGUAAAAUUAUCAUCUUUAUAAAGGUAAUACAUGUUGCAUCUCCGCAGACCAUCAGCUUUAGCCGCGGAGUUCGUUAGCUAAGGUUAGCUACUGCACUUUGACAUUUAUUUUGUCUUUGAGAACUUGAGUCACGGUCACAGCUGUCAUGUUUCACUCUGUGCCCCGUCGUCCAAUCUGUGAGAUCGGUGUAAAUACAAUGAGGCUUCAAAGCAAUGGGUCAUUCAAGCGGACUGUCGAGGAGGGCAAAGGAAAGCUUGAGAGGGUCCCGUUACUUGGCAGGAGCAUGGGCCUGCUGUUGUCCUGGCUUCAGAGGGCAGGUGUCGGUGCCAGUGAGGCCGCGGGAUCUGGCCGAAAGAGGAAGGGCUUGCUCUCCAUAUUUGCGGACCACUGCAGCUUUGUGACCGGACAGAGACUCCGGCGUGCUUGCCAGAUCGGCGAGCUUUACUCCAACCUGUACUCCGAGCGGACCAGGUGGACCCUGGUCGGUAACAUAUGGCGUAGAUUUCAGAGUAAGCAUGCCCCCAAUGGGAAACUUGUCGCGGCCCUGGCUGGUAUCUUCAUGUGGGAGAAUGAGAAGAUUCACGAUGAGGAAAUUCACAGGUGUGGACUUGAACUACAGGCGCUGGGUGCUGUAAAAUGUCUAAACACCGCUUCAGGGACAGUGGCUGGGCACCUUGAACUUGGCUGGGAAGUUGUGAUGGAGAAAGAAGGCUUCAGAGUGUGGAAGAGACCUAUACCCAACAGUCACCUCUAUGAAUACAGAGUGUUGGGCUCCUACAACGAUGUCACCCCAAGGCAGUUCUUCAAUGUACAGUUGGAUACAGAGUACAGAAAGAAGUGGGAUGCGCUGGUAAUCAAGCUUGAGGUGGUGGACAGAGAUGUCGGUACAGGCUCUGAAGUUGUGCAUUGGGCUACACACUUUCCUUAUCCCUUGUACUCAAGGGACUAUGUAUACGUGCGCCGUUAUGAUGUUGACGUAGAAAACAACCUGAUGGUCCUGGUUUCCAGAGCCGUGGAGCAUCCCAGAGUCCCAGAGACUAAUCAAUUUGUGAGAGUCCAUUCAUACCAGUCAAAAAUGGUCAUCCGCCCUCACAAGUCCUUUGAUGAGAAUGGAUUUGAUUACCUGCUGACCUAUAGCGACGACCCUCAGACUGUCUUUCCCCGUUACUGUGUGAACUGGAUGGUGUCGAGUGGUAUGCCUGAUUUUCUGGAGAAGCUGCAUGCUGCUGCCUUGAGGGCCAAGAACUUGGAAGUGGGUAUCUUUGACUACACCGCUGUCAUUAAAUCCAGCAACACCAACCGCCAGGCAAGCCAGGAGCGCCUCAGUGAAGAAAAGCCACACACAGGUGGUCCUGGACAGAUCUACGCAUGAGAUGGACAUUUGGAUCAGGAGUUAUGUUGGUGUGUUUUCACUCUCACUUGAACCUCAAUCAAACCCUCCAGCACUAACUUUCUGGGUAGAUUGCAUGAACUGCAAAUGGAAGUUGCAACCUACAUUAAAGACUAAUAUACAGUAUGUCCAUCUGUAGAUAUGGUUAUAUUGGUUCUUGAUAAGAUGUCUCAACAAUGGACUGUAUUGAUGACAGCAUUUCUGUCCUUUGGAAAAGGAAAAAAAACACCGCCAUAGAAAUUUUCAUCUAGACUGCCGGCAUUGGCACUAGAUUUGCUUAGCUGCUAAUACGGCGUGGCAUUUUUUUUGGUUUGACUCCUUUAGUGUAAUGUUUGUCUUAGAACUGUUGGUAAGGUGGAGCCAAAAUUCCUAAUUGUAAAAAUGCUUUUGCCAAAAUUUUUUUUUUUUUUUUUUUUUUUUCUCCAUUUUAACGUUCUAUUGCUUGUCUUCCAUUGUUUGACAAGAUUUGACUUUAAAGGCUGUGCAGACUGCAUGCAGCCAAAUUACUGUAUUAGUGUCUGGUGUGAUUUCAGUAAGAUGUUGUGGAAAUGGUUGUGCAGUAUUCGACAGAACGGUAACUGACUGACUUCUGAUGGACAUUAUCACUGAAACUUAAAACUACGGCCAAGAUUUCUGGACUGACUAUGAAGAAUAGAGGCCUCUGCCGGGAAUACUUGCCACCAUGUUUCAUGGCUUUAAAGCGACUGGUUUCCUGUUUUCUUGCAGCAUGAGUGAUCUUCACAAGACUGGAUUGGAUGGAUUAAAAAAUUUAAAUGAUACAUUAUUGGGAAAUUUUUCCAUGGAAUUAGGUCUUUGUGUUUUGGGUAUGGCAUUGUUUUGCUGUCAGCACAGUUGAGGUCUCACCGUCUCAUCUCACCGUGUCUGUUCGAAACUGCCAGCAUUGACAAAACUGCCUUCUGAAGAUGAACCAGUCCUUCAGCGUUAGGGGCAUAGUGUCUUAUAACAACCGCAUAAAUCCUCUCAUACAAUGGUACUGAUGUGGUACAGUUUAGUUUCCCUAGCAAGUAAACCCUACACGACAUUUUAAUAAAACAAUGCCCCUUUUUAAGAGAUCUUUGGAGCACUUAGUUUUGCCACAUUAUUUAACAUGUUUGUCCUGCAUUCUUCAGGUUUUGAUAUUAAUGGGAGUCUUACUCAUACUCCGUGUAAUUAAUCCUUUCAAAUCAUCCUUGUUGCUUUUGUAGUGAACCGUUUGCAGGGGUUGUUGUGACUGUACAAAGAGCGUCACAGUUAGUGGAAGAAAACCUUACCUAAUAAUGUACACUGUUUACAGCCUAACAAUCUGGCACAGAUAUCUUGAAAUUCAAUUGUUUAAAAACCUCUCCUCUUGUACUAAAAUGUAAUGCAAUUUGUUCUACGUCAGAUUGAUUCAGCUGCAGUACCUCAAGAUAAAGCAGUACAGUGGUGUUUUUGUCAAGGAGGUCUCACCUGUAUGAGUGUCAAAUAUUAACAUAUCCCCAGUGUGUCAACAUGUAUAAUUCUAUUCUGUAGUGAAGUAUUUCCAGCUAUUGGAUUAAUACAAAGUGUAAGAUGUGGCAAACAGAUGGUUUUUAAAGUGUUUUUUUUUUUUUCUUCUCGUGAUUGGACAAAACAGACUUUUUUUAAAGAGAUCCCAAUUAAACAUGCAAAGUUUGCUAAUGUUCUGUUUAUGAAUGUAACUGUUGAUGCUCUGUCAUUUGUAGACACCUGCGUGCCACCUGCAGUAGUCAGAGUUUUCACAUACUGUUUUUAUUUUUUUCUGCAGGCAGUAACAUUUGUUAUUGGUUAACACACGAGAAUUACUUUAGGAACAGACAUGAUUGUGUGAACAUAAGCUUGUGCACCCUGUGAUUUCAAGAUUGAUUGAAAUCGAAGAUCGACUCAUCAGAUCAAAUAAACAUCCUCGUGUAUCUUUG